AUGAUGGUUCAAACAUUACAAGAACAAUUGGCUGAACAGAAGGACCGAGAGGAGAAACGAGAAGCGGCGCAGAAAGCACGGGAAGAGAAACUUCUCGCUCAACUAGAACAGCAAAAGCUCCGAGAAGAGAAGCGAGAAGCAGAACAGAAGGCACGGGAAGAGAAGCGUGAAGCAGAACAGAAGGAACUGCAAAUGAAACUUCUUGCCCUUUUAGAACAGAAGGAUAAUUCGAAAUGA